UACACCGCUCCCCCCGAUUUCUUCCACGAGCCAACAAGGCAAUGAAGCUCCAAAAUGGCACCGCAUUCCUCGACCUCUCAUGACUCGAAUCCGACAAUCUCCUUUACUUGCUUCAACAAGUUACCCGUCGAAGUGCGCCUCAUGAUCUGGAAGUUCGCCUUGCCGGAUCCGCGGAUUGUUUAUAUCAAGGCGAGACGGCUACGAACCGACGAUGACCCAUCCUGGUGGAAAAGGGUGCGGUCCGACAAAGCAAUUGAAGGUCCUGCCGGCCCUGCUCCCUACCCCGAAGCCGACGACGCCGAUGAUGAUGAAUCCAGUUACGAUUUCUUCGACAUUGAGGACUACGAGCUUGAUAAGAUUGAGAGGAAAAUGGCCUGUAAAAGGCUUCUGACACCGGAUGAUAAAUUUACAGGGAGGAUGACGAGAGCGGAUGCGAAGGCCAUUUUGAUGCGGCCGGAAAAACAUCGAGCAAUCGAACUACCUGGCAUUCAUCGUCCAGCGCAUUUGCAUGGGGUUUACUCUGAAUCAGGUAUACCUUCCUUGUUGCUCGUCUGCAAAGAAUCCUUUGGUGUGGCUUCCAAAUCCUAUACUGCGGCGUUUGGAGCCAAGGGAGCCUUCCCUCAGACCUAUUUUGAUUUUCAUCGUGAUACACUACAUAUCGAUUUCAACUCCUUGAGGAGUUUGCAUAAAUCUGCGUACUGGUAUCGGAUAUCCGGUGUGGAUUACGAUCCUUCUGGGGAGAUCCCAGCCUUAACUCCUACGGACGAAACGUCUAUGGUUGAGUCUCUCUCAGUCUCCUUGAGCCUUCCAGCUGUCGAACUUGCUCUGGAAUCUAGUGAUAGAUUCAGCACUUUUUUGUAUUCUCUGCAUAGGCUUUUUCCACGUUUGAAACGACUUACUAUUGUUGAACGUCAUUAUGCUCCGGCUGAGCUUUGCGACGACGACGUCGACAAGCGUGCUGAAGACAUGAAAGAAUUGAAAUUCGUCGAGUCAACAAUACACCUCCUCCAAAACCACCUCCAAUUCAAUGGGCAUCCUAUCUUCUUGGGCGAUUACAGACACAUACAGUCCGGGCGACGUCAACUGAGUGUACUCGACCCGCCUGAAUGGGUUGAAGACGCUCGCCGUAUUUCGGAGCAACAUUCGAAUACCUCCUGGCCGUUCUUCCAGGUCGAUUACAAAUCCAUAAUCGCCGAAGCCUACGAGAAUAAGCUGUUGAAGCAAGCUGCCGAACCUAAUAAAAGGUUUGACAGAUAUGGCUGGCCCAUUUAUCGUUCUGAAGACGACUUCGACGAUGACUCCGAAGAUGACUUCAACAGGGAUCCUUGGCUGGAUGAAUAUAUCGAUGGCCUGGGAGAUGAGUUCGAUCAUCACGCCAUACGAGAAAUCCUCUAUACCCUAAAAGAUAAAGAUAACUAUUUGCCGGAAGAUGACGACGUCCUGAAAGUGAACGAUGUCCUGAAAGAUAACGAUGUCCUGGAAGAUGACUAUGACCUGGAAGGAGUAACCGACGAGGACAUGCUGCGUCUCGCCAAUGAGGCAGAAGCAUCGAUGACUUGAGUCUCGCUUGAUACCUAGCAAAGGGCUAUCUGACUCGGCCUUUGUAAACUAUGGACAACCCCCUUUAAUAACUGAUACCGACAAUCUCAACAGAAUAGCAAUUAAUGUAUUCUCUAGGCAUGCCAAGAUUCGAAUA